CAAGGCUCAGGGUCAGGCGUAAAGAAAGAGCAUUUCUAUCUCUUGACUAUCAAACUUUCUCUCUUGGUUAAUGGAUAAGGGUUUGGAUAUGCCUAAGGCUGCAGAUUUCGUGGGUGCGACUGCGGAGAAGGACAUGAAGGCGCUGCAGUUCAUAGAGGAGAUGACCUGUCAGGCUGAGCAGGUUCAGGCACAGGUCCUGUCCGAGAUACUGACGAGGAACGCCCACACCGAGUACCUGCAACGCUACAGCCUUGCUGGGCUCACCGAUCGACACACUUUCAAGGCCAAGCUCCCCGUCAUCACCUACGAGGACCUCCAGCCUGAGAUCCAACGCAUCGCUAAUGGCGACCGAUCCCCCAUCCUCUCUGCCCACCCGAUCUCCGAAUUCCUCACAAGCUCUGGGACGUCGGCAGGAGAAAAGAAGCUGAUGCCCACAAUACAAGAGGAGUUGGACCGAAGGCAGCUCCUGUACAGCCUUCUUAUGCCUGUCAUGAACAAGUUCGUGCCUGGCUUGGAGAAGGGCAAGGGACUCUACUUCCUCUUCGUCAAGAGGGAGACCAAGACACCAGGAGGCCUCCCGGCGAGGCCUGUGCUCACCAGUUACUACAACAGUGAGCACUUCCGGUUGCGCCCACAUGACCCUUAUAACAACUACACCAGCCCCAUUGAAGCCAUCCUCUGCCCCGAUUCGUUCCAGAGCAUGUAUGCACAGAUGCUCUGCGGCCUCUGCUCCUACAAGGAGGUCCUCAGGAUGGGCGCUGUCUUUGCCUCUGGCCUCCUCCGUGCCAUCCGCUUCUUGCAGCUCCACUGGCGAGAAUUCGUUCAGGACGUUACCACUGGCACUCCGGGCACGGCCAUCACCGAGCCGAAGAUUCGCGAAGCUCUGUCCAGGGUUCUGAAACCCAACCCCGAACUCGCGAAACAUAUCGUGACUGAGUGCGCGAGCGAGAAUUGGGAGGGCAUCAUCUCCAGGGUUUGGCCGAACACAAAGUACCUUGAUGUGAUCGUCACCGGAGCCAUGGCUCAGUAUAUUCCGACGCUCGACUACUAUAGCGGCGGCCUCCCCCUCACUUGCACCAUGUACGCCUCCUCCGAGUGCUACUUCGGCUUAAACCUGAACCCCAUGUGCGCUCCCUCUGAGGUCUCAUACACCAUUAUGCCAAACAUGGCCUACUUCGAGUUUUUGCCCCACGACCAGCCUCCGACAGAGUCCGAGCGAGUGGACCUGGUCGACAUGGUUGACGUGAAGGUCGGGAGGGAGUACGAGCUCGUGAUCACGACCUAUGCCGGGCUCUACAGAUACAAAGUGGGCGACAUCCUCCGCGUGAGUGGAUUCCACAACAACGCCCCUCAGUUCCAUUUUGUGCGUCGGAAGAACUGCCUAUUAAGCAUCGACUCAGACAAGACCGACGAGGCUGACCUCCAGAAGGCGGUUGAGGCCGCGGGCGUGGUCCUCCGGCGCGAGCACGGUGCCCGCAUCGCGGAGUACACGAGCUAUGCCGACACCAAGACCAUCCCGGGGCACUACGUGAUAUUUUGGGAGUUGUUGGGGGGCGGCGAGUCGAUGCCAGGAAGUGAGGUGAUGGAGAAAUGCUGCUUGGAGAUGGAAGAGAAGAUGAACGCUGUGUACAGGCAAAACAGGGCGGAGAGCCGCUCAGUCGGUCCACUUGAGAUUAGGGUUGUGAAGAGCGGAACUUUUGAGGAGCUGAUGGACUACGCUAUAUCAAGGGGUGCGUCCAUUAACCAGUACAAGGUGCCCAGGUGCGUGAGCUUCGCGCCCAUACUCGAGCUCUUGGACUCGCGCGUGGUGGCCUCCCACUUCAGCCCCACCGCACCCACUUACGCCAAGGCGCAUCGGUAGCAGCAACAACCAUGUCUCCAACUGCUACUUUCUCUCUCUUCCUGAUUGUGACACUGCACACAUCUCUCUUUCUCUCUCUACUCUUGUUUAGAUCUCUAUCCCCAUUCUUGUCUCUUUCUCAUCACCACCUUCUCUCUCUUUACAAUUAUUCUCGUGUCUUGUGAUUUAAUGCUUGCCUUUCCAUUCCAUUCCUUAUUUUUAGCAAUGGGUUAGGUGCUUUUAUUUCCAAUGGAUAGGAGAAAUGGGCAGGUGUUUCUCAUCUCUUUGGUUAUUGAAUGUAAAUUAAUGGUGAUGCGACUUUUCCUUA